AUGACACCGAAACGCCCUGUUAGUCGGGCCUGCGUUGCCGCGGCAGCGACCCCGAGGUGGUUGUGUCCACUUUUCUCAGCUUUUCUUUGCUUUUCUGCCGCGAUCGGUUUUGCCGUUGAAGCUCUCGGUGCGACGCAGACGGAGACGGCAAGUCAUUCCGAGUUCACUAAAAAUGUCGCGGCGGUGCUCAGCGACCCUCGGGGGCAAGUCCUCACUCUGGACAGCGACCUCUCAGGUCUCUCCGAGCUUCUAUUUAGCUACGAAUCCACCAUCGCAAGGUUGUCGGGAGAUUCUGCAAGUCCGGUUUCCCCGGAGGAGGCAAGAACGAAAAUCACUGAGUUGCUCCAAAAGGGUCGCUGGCGGCUCCCGUAUCCACGGAUCUAUCGUGUGAUUGAAGUUUUGACAAAGGACUUUGUUGAAGCGAGAACUGGCUCUGGUCUGCCGUGGUGGAUGGCGCCUCCGCCAUAUAAGAAGAAGCCCAAGGACGGUCCGGUCUCUUUCGGCAUUUCCAAGAGAGGAUGGGAAACCUGCAGUCGCAAAAACCUCAAAGGAUUCGCCGUCGGUCGCACGCUCCCCGAAGUGCUUGACGACCUCCAAAUUCAAAUGCAGGCCCUGGUGGAGACCGUGUUGGUUGGCGAGUUCGGCGUCUGUGGUCCGUUCUUCCUAAAUCAGAAGAGAAAUCAGUACUUCGACUGUAUCGACGCGAAGAAUCAAGACGUCAUUUUCCCGUUGUAUUUCGUCUCUACCACCAACGCCCGACAUGUCCGUGUGAGUCCUCAGGACUCAUUCGAAUUGAACUGCGCCGCCAACUGUGAGGCUGAAGUAGACGCCAUUUCUCGACGUCGCACGUGGGAAGCCUUCUUUCAAGGGUCUCUGGCAGACGACCCCGAGUCUGGGCGUCUAGGGUACUCUCCGCUGCUCCCUUCGGAGACGGAGACUUCUCUCUCUCGCCUGCUUUUCUCUUCGGUCCCAGACUGGUCGCAGUUCAAGAAUGGGAGUGCGGACCAGACCGACGCGCAGGCAGUUCUUUCUGUCGCACAAGAAUUUGUGGACCUCCUGAACGCCUUCUACUCGGAGGUUUUCGUCUCUGAAAACCUACGUGGCAGCCAAGCCUCAGACGCCGCAGCCAGACCCAUGCCUGGCGCCUUCCACGCGCGGAGCGUCCUCGCCCUCUUCGAUGAACUGGAAAUGAAUUUCUGCUCGUGGGCGAAAGCCCAGGGCCUCAUGAGUGGCGAAGGACAGAAGAGAAGGUACCAAGUCGCCAGCUGGCUUUCCGGCAAAGACCUGCGCGACACGCCGGUCUCCUUCCACCUUCUCGCUGGCAUUCAAAUUCAAGUCUUGGACUUCCUGACCAUGACGUCCGGGACACCAUGGGACCCUUCUGCCUGGUGGCGGCGGAUCGAAAAAGAUCUGGCAGUGAAUCCUCUCUCCGAUGUGGCUGCAUAUCACUCGGGCAUGCGAAGACUCGCCGCAGUGUCUCGACAGUUCAUUCAGAAGUUUCUCGCCCCUUUGCCAGUUGCGCUGCGAGCGGCCCUUCUAGCCCUCGUCGGUCGCUGGGCUGCGGAAUGGGCGAAGGAAGCAUCUCUUCCAGAAGAUCGGGAAUUCGCGGCUCCGCCAUCUGCCGCCGAGACUUCUGAGAAGUACUUCGACUUCAGCGACAGAAAGGGGAGGGCGCCGAAACUCUUCUUCCUCACCACACUCACUGGCGGACGGAGUCCGGCAGAAGCGGCUGCCCGAAGCAUCAGCGAAUCCUUUCGAAUGGGCGAUGGCGCAAAUCUCAGCAGGAUAGUCGCAAGUUCUUCCAAAUCGAAAAAGGUGAAGAUGUCCUACCUGCCGAUUGGCCGGGUUGUCCACGUCGGAGCGUGUCCAUCAUUGGGUCCAGGCAUGUGGGCGGCCUUUGCGGAUCCGACCGGGUUAACGUCCGGAUCUUUGUCUCUCUCUCGCACGUCUCUUCGUCGUGCGUUCGAGCUAAUUGCUUCCUCGAGUUCAAACGCGCUAGCUCCUUUCGCAGCUGCCGCGAGCGUCCUCGAGCAAAUCAAGGUCUUGGGUGCCGAUCUCGAGGGCGCCACGGAAGCAGAGCUGCCUCUUGCCCUCUUAGAGAGUCGCAUGGUGCGAACCAAGUUCGCACAAGAAUACCACUGUGCAGUGGCGAAACGUGAACUUGCGCGCUAUCUCCGGAGGUCGACAGCACGCACCAAGGCGGAGCUGGAAGCUCUGGUGCAAGACACAGUUGUCGAGAUCGCCUACAAUGAGCCCCUGCCGGCGCCCAGAUCCGCGAGCACACGAGGAGACUCCAGUUCACUGAUGCCGCCAGACGACGGCCUCUUGGAGCGCCCCAAGCUCUACAUUUCGUGCAGUUUUGCGAGAGAUGCUGAAGAGCGCAAUGCCUUCGUCGACUUCGUCAUGGCCAGGCGAACCACAGGACGAUUUUGGCGCGGCAUUCGAGGAGUUUUCAGAAGCGUCAAACGCAGAGUUCUUCGCCUCUUUCGACGACCGAUCCAGCGACCAGCUGAGGCAUCUGGGGACGCCCAGGCUUGCGUGAGUGUUGAACAGCCACCUACGAGUGUUAUCCCCGCUUCGAUUCGUCAAGCACAGAGGCCGGCGGCGUGGCGAAUGGACGCUUUGACGCACCUGCAUCUUCCGCGUUCCUACGGUCCCUACCUGUUCUCUUUGCUCCAAGAUCUGCCGGCAAUGGAUCGCCCUUUCGAUCUUCGAGCGUCUGGACAGCUUUCCGAAAACAGCGUUGUUCUCGCGACAGAUGUCGAUGACACGCUGAUCGCGUCGGGAGGGUGGAAAAUUAGACACCCUCCCGUCUACAUCGGUGGCGCGGAUACGAUGUACAGCAUGAAGACGGGGUACCCUGGCAUGGGUCCGCUUUACUAUCUGCUGACUCGUAGGCCUGGAAAGCAGGAAGAGGUGUUGCAUGGAACGCCUCCCGCUUCCCCUACGACGUCGACGACUUCUGGUGCGACCGAUUCUUCUUCUGCCUCGCUGAUCAGGGCUGCAGGGCAGGACUCACCGCCAGCGCGCGAGCAGAGUCGGGUGCUCCCACUCAUCAUGCUCACUGCGCGUUUGUCUAUGAAGUUCCUCAGACCCAUCUUCAGACCCCGCUCUCUCUACACCCAGAUGGCUAGGCUGUAUGACUACGGAGCCGCCAUGAUGACGAAAAGUCUCUACGUGGCAGAAAACAGCCUUCUGAUGGAAAAUCCGCAGCCAAUCGUCACAGCGAUUCGAGGAAAAGGUCGUCGAGGAUUGAACAAAGUGAAUGGUAUUGAGAUUUACAUGCGACAAGCUGCCGACGGCACUGCAGAUCCUUCCUUGCCCCUUACACCCGCUACCAGAUUCAUGUUCGCCGGCGACACUUUUGAACGAGACCUCGAGGCAUGCAUUGUUCUAGGAAUGCGUCAACAAAAGUCGUUUCUAAGCUGCUUCAUGCACAUUGUCUUCGACGCUACCACCGCGGGCGGGUCCAGACAAGGUGCCUUUCCUCCUACGUUUGGCAGCUCCGACUUCCGCGACGCCGAAGAGCUGCCGCGUGACGUUAUCCUCUUCAAUCUUGCAAAGCACGGUGUAAGCGAGGCUGUUGACCUGUCUCCGAAAUCCACGGUGAAUCGUCAAGGGGAAUUUUCUGGAGCCCUGGGAGCAGCUGUCCGCUACGCUGUUCGUCUCCCGCCUGACGCUUUGCCUUCGUGGGGAGAUGCGAGUUGCGAGCAAGUGCGUCUGGACUACGCGUGGCAGCUGUCUCAGCAGGUUGGCGUCCGGCUUCGUCACCUCUUGAACACCCUCCGGUUCUCCUGGAAGCGCGACAACAUGUCGAAUAUCCUCGAACUCGAGUCUAGCCCGCCUCUCAUUUUCCUCAACUGUUCUCACAUCGAGAGAGCUGAGCCCGGCGAUGGCCCGUCGAUCCGUUUUCUGCCACCUGAGGAAUCAUCUCCGUUCUCAGGUCCUCUUCUGGAUCAAAACGGUCGCGUGCGUGUCGACGGCCUCGGUCUCCCUAUCGUCACCUACCGAACCGCGGUCGGCGCCGCCUUGCAUGCGAGGUUUCUUAACCUGAUCGACCAGAAAGAUAUGGCGAACUUGGCUGUCGCGACGAUUCGUCAGCAGCGGAAUCUUGGACCUCCCGCAACAGAGGCAAGAGCAGAGCAGUGGACCGAGUUAAUGGCGGACUUGCGGCUGCAGCAGUUGAUCUUCGGGGACGUUCCGCCUGCGGCGUUUUUGGCGGCGCAUUCUUUCUCGGUGAAUUCUUCUCUCUCUGACUCCACUGGACAGCGUUUGCGGACCGUCACGUGUCGCACACAACAAGAGGAGACGUUUGAGCUCUUCGCAAAGGUUUUGCGAUCCACGUUCGAGGCUGGACAAGCCUACCAAGCGGCGCUUGAAACGGCGUGGAGUGCGUGGACCCGAGCCUCGCGUCUCUACUGCGUGUAUGAGCCCGAAUUUCUUCACCUGUGCACCGCCGGCCAAGCCGAGCUGGAGUAUUUAGUGCAUUCGGUAGCUCGGGUUUCACCGUUCAUUCCAGCUGAACCGUCGUCUACGACCGCGGAAAUGUGUCAGAUGCGAGGACAGGGAGGGGAAAUCACAAAACCAGCUUACGAGCAGGUUCUCCUCGGCGUUCUAAGUCGCCUGUGCCUCGCCAAUCUUGACGCGUGCCGUAACUUGCUCGCGCACUUGCAAGACAUGGGGAGACUUGCACAGUGGAGAGUUGAAACGCCAUCUGCUACGUCGACGGGUCCAGGACUUGUGCUUGACAGCUUCGGAUUCGUCGCCUACCCUGACUCAAAUCCGCGUGGCGGCCUUCGUCGGAAACUCCGUUUACCAUCGAUACUCAAAGCGAUGGUUCGCCAGACCCCUGCAGAAAAGCAGACAACAUGGGCGGGGCAGUACGAUGUGCCUCAGUGGGUAGAAACAGCUGCUGUGUGGAAGCAGUUCGAGGUUUGUCUCAUCACGCCGCUGCAGCGACUGGCCACAAGGACUGCAGAGGAAUUGGGGACUCGCCGGUGGGGCUUCCAGGCGUUUAAACUGGACGCCGCUGCUUCUGAACUCACUUACCCAAAUUCGCCUAUUUCGAGUCCCGAUCUCCUUUUGCGCACCAUUGGAGCAAAAGGUUUCAAACCUUCUCGGGGAACAGAGUCUGUGGAAGGAGGCAAGGCGGUGGAUCUACCAGGGCCGCAACGCGGAAUCGUUACAGGAUAUGGACAGGAGUUUGCAGAGAGGAAUGCCUCGCCGAAGGAGCGUGCUGCCCAGCUGCUCGCUGUGCGCGAUGAGAGAGCGAGAACUAUCGCUGAGAUGCAAGCUGUCUCCGCUUCUCAGGCAUAAUCGAGGAACUGUGACGAGUAACUAACGCACGUACUGGGUAAAUCGACAACCACAAGAAGACAACUAACUGGAGUGUGUGCAGAUGCAGAGCCACCGUACGAGUUCUCGAACUACCCGAGGGAUGCGGCACGACGGCAAACAUAGUGUGUCUUGCAAACGCGAACCAGGUUAAGAGUCCACAAUUAUGCGCUGGA